AAGAGAUCAGCUUCAAAUCAUUGUUGACACUGAACUGGAAUGAAACAGCUGAUCGUAGAGCAGUUGUUUAAAUCAAAUUCGCUGCAGUUUGGCGCAUUGAAAUGACGUCACGUGUAUACACCGAGCUCCAGCAAUAGCCAGCUAAACACAUUACCCUGCCUCACUCGCCCUGCAACUGUAGCAGGGAUUCUGUGCCAGUGCAUGGAUACUGUAUGAAUUUGCUUUUGUGUAUGCAACGUUACUGUUGCUAAAUGUUACCUUGGACGGUCUUUUCAUUCAUUUAUUGUAACCCAAGCCAUUCCGCAAGUGUAGCGCGAACCGUGUCGCAAUGAUACCCAUCCCGAUUGUAGUAUGUGUGAUGGGAGGAUGGUGUGCCAUUUACCUAACUGACACUCUUAUAAAGACGUCUACAUCUGUGAAGCACAGAUAUGAGACUUGGCUGUCGUCCAAUGGACUCACUCUGUCCCCUUUCCACGUUCGAUGGCAAACAGGUCUCUUCAACCGCCUGUUCGCCAGAUGUGCUAGUCUUAACCCCCACUUCCUUCAUGUAUGGUUCAGUAUGGGUAUGGUGUUUGGGGUGGUGGCUAUGUUCGGCUCUGUGAUCUUGCUCUCACAGACGCUGCACCAGACCCUGAAGCAGAUGACCUCAGAAGCUCCAGAAGGUUCUCACGAGCAGGUGCUGCAGGUGGUGGUUCCCGGGGUGAACUUGCCUGUGAGUCAGCUGGCGUACUUCUUCAGUGCCAUCUUGGUCAGUGGAGUCAUACAUGAGUUUGGCCAUGGGGUGGCAGCACUGAGGGAACAGGUGCGGUUGAAUGGCUUUGGGAUCUUUGUGUUUGUAGUGUACCCCGGGGCCUUUGUGGAUCUCUUCACCACACACCUGAACCUCAUCUCUCCUAUUCAGCAGCUUCGCAUAUUCUGUGCAGGAGUAUGGCACAACUUCAUACUGUGUGUGGCUGCGCUGUGCUUCCUGCUGCUCCUACCUCUAAUGCUGUUUCCUUUGUACUAUACUGGGGCAGGGGCCUUAGUCACAGAGGUCGUGGAAGGCUCCCCCAGUAGCGGGCCACGGGGGCUGUUUGUGGGGAACCUGGUGACCAGUCUGGAGGACUGUGCGGUGCACGGUGUGGAGGACUGGAACUGGUGCAUCCGGCAGCUCUCCCAGCAGCCGCAGACCGGCUACUGCGCCGGGACCAAAAACCUGCAGAUCAGCUGGGCCGCCGGACGAGCUUACAAGCGUCUGGACGGGACAAUGGAAUGCUGCAGCAACAACAGCCUGACAGACCUUUGCUUCUCUUACCACAACAACCAGGAUGGCAAGAUGGUAGACGGUCAUACAGUACAUACAGACGCAGAGUACGCCUGUUUACCUGCGCGGAAGACCAUGGAGUCCAGUCGCACCUGCAGGACCAACGCGGACUGCCAGCAGCCGCAGCCGAAGCAGCAGGAUGGCGCAGGGCCCAGCCUGUGUAUGGUGCCCUCGCUGGAGAACCAGACACGCCUGAUCCGCGUGCGCCACCCUCCCCACCAGGACAUGCUCUUCGUCGGGUACCCCUCCCACCUCCAGUACUCAGUGAGUCUUACAAACUUCGUGCCUCGACUCAGCUUCCUCCACCUGGACUUGCCAGUGUUGCUGGAAACCUUUUGCAAAUACCUGGUGUCGUUGUCUGGAGCCCUGGCAGUGGUGAACGCCGUGCCCUGCUUCGCCCUGGACGGCCAGUGGAUGCUGACGUCCUUCCUGGAGGCCUCGCUGGGCACGCUGCUGCCGGAGAGGAGCAGCCGGGAGAUGCUGGGCUUCUGCAUCCUGCUGGGGGGCAGUGCCCUGCUGGCAUCCAACGUGGCGCUAGGACUGUGGAUGGUCACGGCACGAUAGCACACACACGUAGACACACUCACACCCAAAGACACACAGACAGACAGACAGACACACACACACACACACACAUACACACACACACAGAUGGGGCAGGAGGACAUUGUGGGAUCCUUCUCUGAUCAUCAGUUUAGAGCCCCCUUUCUGACUCAACAAUCAGAUCAAAGUGGUAAUUAACUCAGACUCGGAGACCCUUGAAGGGGAUAUAAAAACUACAAUUCCCAUUAUCCUCUACCCUUGUAUAAGAAAGCAACACAAAGCAACACAGUCAGUUACACUGUGAUGUAGUGUGUAAUGUCCCUCUCUCAGAAGAUGGCCAGACAUUGAAGAUGACUGAUUCUUUAAUGGGAUUGAUUGCCCAUACAACCUUGGUGCGAUGGCCUUAGGAAGAUUGAGUGCACCCUUGUUCCAAAAAAAAUGUCUGAAAAAAUGUCUGCUACUGUUUGAAAAAGCACAAAGGGACACCACCAACCAAGGACAUUGUUAAAGUUGUUUAAGUCGUACAUAAUAUCCCAUGCAUAAAAACAGAGUGUAUGACAUGUUAUGAUGUCCUUGCUAUGCACACAUUGAAACCACACCACCUGGGGAUCUAUUCCAGUUAGUUGCAAUGUUUGUCUUUGUACACCAGUGUCCCUAUUUCCACUCUUAUGAACUCUGUGUGUGUGUGUGUGAGGGGGUUAUAUCCCACUUUCACUUCCCAUAUCCACUGGAGGGGGUUCAUGUUAAUUCCUCAAACGAAAAGCGGUUUGCUGAACCUCAGGAGGGGUCGUGCCUGUUGUAGGAGCGGAUUGGUUGGGAGACACACUGAAAACAUCGCAGAAAUCAUUGUUUUUAAAAAGUGAAAUAACACCCCCUGUAGACUUCCCAUCCGAUUUAGAACCUGCUUUUGUGUAAAUAAAGAAUGUAUUUGAAGGAGUGGGAUGAGGAGGACUACUGGAGACUCUUAAAUACUGAAAUGCUAAAAUAUUCUUUUUAUUUAAUGUAAGCGGUUUGUAUGUUUUGGUGAUAAAUAUGCCCUAUUAUUACUUUUAUAGGUUGAACGUAUUAUUGCAUACCACUAGAGGGCACUCUUACAGUGGAAUCUGGAAGUUGUUAUGAUUGGCCUUGAUAAAAUAAAAAAAACAUCGAAAUCCCUA